AUGGUUUUAUUAGAUACAGCACUUUCAACUGAGAAGAACAACCGUGUUUGGGAGGAAUGUUGUUUGAGGCUAGCAAUUGCUCGAACUAAAAAAAACUGUACACAUUUGUACCAUUGUUGCAGAUAUAAAUUAUGCUCAAAAAAAAUAGAAUACGUUAAUGUAGAAGACAAAGUGGGUAAGACAUUAAUGAACAACGUGGUUCAAACAACUACAAUUGAUAAUGUCUUGACGUCUAAUCUUAUCCAGAAUGAAGACGAUAUAAUUUUGAAAUGCAGUGCAGAUUUAAUAUAUGAACAAGUCGAACUAUCAACAGUUUCUAUAACACCAACUAUUACUGUUGGUGAAGAAAUUGUUCCCUCGCAUUCUCAAGUGACUGCUUUGGUAGAAGACAACAUGGUUUUUGAAAUGAAUGUUGAUCGGCAUGAGUCAUUGAAUGUUUACGAUGUCGAACCUGCCGCAUUAGAUAAUGAUACCUGCAGCGAUAGUGAUUCGGCAUCUUUCACAGACCAGGAACUAGAAGCCAACAACAUAUGGACCAAGAAUUUACAAAAAACGGAAUUUUCGUUUAGACUUGAAAUUGUUGAAUGGCAACUAUUACGGCAAUCACAACAAAAUCAUUUGUUUAAAAAUUUAGACUGGAUUAAUAUAAUGACAAAAAAUUUGAAAAAAUUUAUUCCAUAUUGCUGCUUAUGCUUUUUGUGGCAUAGGGUUAAGAAAGUGGAUUCUAUUAGGCGCGAAGGUUAUCUUUUCAAUGCUCAAGGAUAUUGUAAAUUCACGGGGUGUCCCAUAACAUUCAAAAUAAGUAUUUCUGACGAAGAUCUUCUUGAUGCUCAUGUGAAAUUUUCUGGCAUAACUUGCAUACAUAGAUUGUCGGAAAUAAUGGCUAGACCGAUUAGGGCGAGUAAAAGAGGGAAAAUUGCUUCUUCGAUGAAAAAUAUUAUUCCUCGCCAAAAACACCUAGACUGCAUUAAAGAGUUGUGCCCUGAAGUACGAGCAGCUGGCAACAGAGAUGAUGCUCCUUCUGUAGCGGUCCUUUCGCAAAUUGUAUGCCAGUACAACAAAACGAAACGAAAGCAUCCAAACGAAAUGGAAAGUCUGAGAUUAUUGAAGGAAGAUUUUGAAAAACAACACCAAAGCUAUGCCUGUCUGCAAUAUAUUUUCACUGAACCACCCAGUGUCAUGAUCUGGUCCAAAGAAAGUUUAAAAAUUUUACAUCAACGAUGCAUCGAUGAUGUGGUGUACAUAGACGCAACAGGAAGUAUUGUAAAGAAAAGGAAACAUCCAUUUCAUAUCUAUGAAAUGGUUGUCAGAAGUUCGAUGAAAGGAGGAUCACCGUUUCCUGUAGCUACAUACCUGACAAACCUUCAUUCAACUGCCUCAAUUUUGUCAUUUUUAAACUUCCUGUACAGCGACUACUGUAAAUUGUUUGGGAAAAGUAGUAGGGUAAGCCCGCGAUGUCUGAGCCACAUUAUGAAGAACGCAAAGGUAUUAUGUUUAAAGAACAUUCCAAAAAAUUUUACCUUUGCAAUGCACCUCUUCGGACAAGUGGCUAAUGUCACAAUGAUAAACGCACUGAACAGUAUCUUAAUAUCAAUGGAAGGAGUUUUUGGGAGUGAGUUUGAAGGACUACAGGUGACACAAUAUCUGCUUCAACUCCAACAAGCCAUAAAUGAUAACGAAUUUGAUUUAGAGGAAAACGGAGCAACAGCAACUACAGAAUUGGCGGAAACGGAAGAUGACGUUUGCCAGCCUGGAUCUUUUAUGAAAGCAUGCGAAAACAAUAUGGCUCUUGCUAAAAUAACAGACACCGGAAUUAAAAAAAAUAUGUAUUAUUCCCCAGAAUUUUUAUCAUCAUUUAAGAAAGAUCUUUUGCCCAGUGCUCUUCUUUGGACAAAUUUACUAACCGGUAAUCUUGGGAGACAUGGCACAUCAGAUAAUUAUAAAAAUCAAAACGCUAUAUAUUUAGAAUUGAUCCUAAAAGAUACUCAAAACAUUACAAAAGACUAUAGGACACAGGGCAUUAUGGAAAAGAGCCAAUGGGAUUUAAAGCACAUAAGAAUGACGAGACAGUUAAAUAGAAUAGAUGAUUUUGUUAUCACAUACCAGGGAAAUCCACCUAGCGAUGAUCACAGAAUUUGCUGA